CGUCUGCUCCGGUUUUAUUUAUUCUUGUUGCUCGUUGUUUGGAUCUGGAUCUGGUUCUGGUCUUAUACUAAUUUCUUCUUCCUGUUCCUGGUUAGUGACUACAGACAAGUGAUGGUGAUUCGUGAGAGGAAUUCAACAAAUUAUUGCAAAUAACUGGAGUUUCAUGAGAAUAUAAGGAAAGGUUAUAAAAAGAUUUGCUUAAUUUUAAAAUGGCUGCAGACGACCCACUAUAUUUAGGUCCAUGGGAAAGAGAUAGAGUACUUGGUACUGGUGGAUUUGGUAUAGUUACACUCUGGAAGAAUAAUAACAACCAAGAGAAAGUCGCAAUCAAGAAAUGUCGUUGGGGAAUGGACAGUAUCAUGACGCAGAACCAUAAGGAACGAUGGGCGCGCGAGGUGGUCAUCAUGCAGCGUUUAUCCCACCUAAAUGUAGUGCGAGCAGUUCAGGUGCCAGCAGAGCUACAGAACCUGCCUUCCGAUCUGCCUCUGUUAUGCAUGGAGUUCUGUUCGGGCGGCGACCUUCGUCAGAUCCUGAACAAACCAGAAAACUGUUGCGGGCUGCGAGAAACUGAGGUGCGAUGUUUACUGAGUGACAUCAAGGCUGCCGUGGAGUACUUGCACUCUCAGCGCAUCACACAUCGUGACCUCAAGCCAGAGAACAUUGUGCUGCAGGAGAAACCCGAUGGACCGAUGGUGUACAAACUGAUAGACCUGGGAUAUGCCAAAGAGUUGGAGACCUCAAGUAUGUGCUGUUCAUUUGUGGGCACGAUGCAGUACUUGGCCCCUGAGUUCUUCACUAGUUCAGGAUAUUCUUCAUCAGUGGACUACUGGAGUCUGGGUCUGGUAUCUCAUGAAGCGAUCACCGGUGUUAGGCCUUUUCUACCUAAUGCUUCAUCUCCUGUAGAUUGGAUGCCCAAGGUUGAGAAGAAGUCCACAAAUGACAUUUGUAUAUAUGAGGUUCCUGCAUUAAAAAAUGAAAUUAAAUACAGUCAACAGCUGUUUGUUGAAAACUUUAUCUCUCAAUGCCUCCGAGAACAGUUGGAGAAAUGGCUGCGCUUGGCGCUGGAAUGGAAUCCUAAGAAGCGAGGUCGUACCCAACCAGACAACAAACUUGGCAUCUUCUCUUUGUUGGAUGAAAUUCUCAGUCAAAAGAUAGUGACAGUAUUCUGUGUGAGCAUGCUGGCCAAUCACAGUUAUCAAGUAGAUAGUGCGACUGCAGUAUCUACACUGCAGCUAUGGAUAGAACGAGACACAAGACAACCAGUCAAUGAGCAACUGCUGCUGCUACCUAGUGGCAAGCAACUUACUCAGAACAAUAUGGCCAUCGAUUGUUGGAAUCCUAAUGAGAUAACGAUGCUGUACGUGUUCGACCAGACUACGUUCUCUCUGCCGUACGUAAAGGUAGCUGACCGCGUGCCAGCUCUCGUCCGUUGGCUCAUGGAGAAUCCCAAGGAGGCUCUGGAAUAUCACCAUCAGAAACACGUGUGGAGACACGCUGUAUUUUUCCUCCGACAAGAAUAUGAACUCUACCAACUCUUUCUGGAGGCUUAUGCUGUAAAAAUGUUAUCGCUGCUAGAACAGAGCUAUGAACUCUCUCAGCAAGAAUCAGCAGUCGGUACCGAGAUCGAGCACCUGGUAGCGAUGCAGAAGAUGUCCUCUGAUACUCUUGAGUUUGACAGUAAAUGUUAUGGUCGCCACCUUGGUAGUAUACCUUCAUUGGCUGGUCUGGGCAAGCUGAUGACCGGUUGGGCCACAGAGAUGAACAGCAUGGCACAAAGAGUGGCCAGCUAUCGGGAGGCUCUCACCGCCAUGAGAGCUCGCGUUCAGGAGGCCCACAGACGAACCGGUUCAUUGCAGGAAUACCGAGACCCUGGGCAGAAUGAUCUUGUCGCUCUGGAGAGUUGGAUGAAUGAAGGUUAUAAGUGCUAUGACAACAUUCGUAAACGCAAAGACCGAACUUCUCGAUACCAGUCUCUCGAUAUGGCUCGCAUACUUUACAACUGCUUCAAACAGAUUGACAUCACUUACAGAAAUGAAGGUUUUGGUACACAUCUGAAACUCCUUAUGAGCUGUGAGGCUGAAAUCAAAACCUUAAAUAAAGCCUUAACUUUGUUGAAGCAGCAAGUUUUGAAAAGUAAACAGGAACUUAUGCGGUGCCAGUAUUUGCGACAGAAGGAAACUUGGGCUCUUGUGAAACGGUUGGCGAACCAGAAGGAGCAAGACUCUCGCCCUCCAAGCAGCAUGUCUCUCAACACUCUCAUCCCCAAUGCUAUGUCAUUCUCUCCAACCCUCACACUCCCUACAGUCUCCAACCAUCAACUGUCACCAAACUUCGUAGUUCCUCCUCCUCAAAGAGACCCCAGUCCCUUGCCCCAACGUGAGUCACAGCUUCCGGUGUUUGUGUCACCUCUUUCACCAAGUCUCAGCAGUGGUGAAAUCAUUACAACACAAUCUUUUCCCCUUCCUGCCACUACUGCAAUUUCUGUAUCCACCCCUAGUUCCUCCAGUGCUCCCUCAAAUACCCUAGGUACCCCUCUUACCAUUCCUACUACUCUUACCACUCCUACUACUCCUCUUACCACCCUCACUACCCCUCUUACUACCCCUACUACUACUACCACUCCCACUACCCCUCUUACCACUUCUACUACUCCUCUUAUCACCCCCACUACCCCUCUUACCACUCCUGUCAUCACUCCUACCAACACCAUCACCCCUCUUACCACCACAGCUAACACCAAUCCAGUGACUACUGUCACUGCUAAUUUUGACAUCUCUUCACAACAAGUACCCAUGGCUCACAGCCCAGCUGUGGGAGGAUUGGCUUCCUUGCUGGAGAGAUCAAAAUCUCACAUGGAGUCUGAUAGUCUUAUAAGAGACAAUAUCAACAUAAGAUAUGCAAUGCAAGAUACUAUCGUCAGUUUCACACAGUGCAGCAAUAUGAUUGCUAACAAUGAUUUUGACUGGAGUUAUUUGGAGACUUUAAAACAAUAAUGCAUAAUCAAACAAAAUCACAGUAUGACGAGAAACAAAAACUGGCACAUCGGUUACGAGGUUAGUUUUGUUUCUUGUCGCACUUUUUGUUCAAACUUUUUUAACUGCAAUAAUUGUACCUUUAAUACCAUAUCAAGGUUUUUUUUACUGAAUUUAGAGUGUUAAAGAAUAAUAUUUAAUCUGCUUCAAAUAUUUUUGUGUUGAAGCUAAAAUUAACUGAUGUACUUUCUAGUACUUAGCAUGUGUUAUUUUAGUCAGUUGCAAGUAUAAAUCAAGUUUAUUUUAUCUACUUCUAAUGCAUUUUCAUUUUGUGUCAACAUUAUUCAUUUAUGAGGGGAUUGAAAAAUAAAUUAUAAUUGAAUUAUCAAAGUUAAAAAAAUCUUAGGCUUCAUUAAUUUAGGUCUGUAAUAUAAUAGUAAUAUAAUAUGAUUAUUUCUUAAUAAUUUAUAUUACAAGAGUCUAGUCUUACCAAUCCUACUAGGGAUUUAUUUAUACAUAUUUUAUACUGAUUGUAUUUAAGAGGGGCAAAAUACUGAACUGAACUGGAAUUCUAACUUAAUUCUACUUAAUAAUACAAUGUUUAAACUAAGAUUUUUAAAACUAUUUCACUAUUUUUAUUGGUAUUCCUUUGAUAAAAACUAGCAGAUUUUCUAUAUUUAUUAAAUGCUUUACAAGACCCCCAUUUAUUUAUUUAAGCCUUUUAUAUAUUAGCAAGCACGCCACAAAGCCUUUUUCUUUUUAAUUCUUUGAGCGCCAACAUCUAAUACUAACAGCCAAGAUUAAUUUUAUACGUGUUUAUUGCAUAUAUUAGAUAGCUCAGUAAAAUUUGGUUUACAAUCAUUGAAAACCACAUCCACGGCUAAUCACACAUGUAUAAAUCAGAUUAUUUUUGUUGUUCAGUAUACCACAUUGAACAAUUUUUGUGUUGUAAUCUUAUUUGGAAUUUAAGUGGCUUAAGGUUAAGAUUAGUUUGUUAAGAUUUUUAAUUUUGCGUCUCAAAUUUAGUUUUUUAUUAUAAUGUGUCACUUUAAAUAAAUUAUUGUUCUCAAUUCCACUGAAGUACAGUAACUACCAUACCAUAGCAUUUAUAACCAGCGGGAUUUAUUACUUGUUAUUAGUAUAUUUUUAGAUUACUAUGUCUUAAGUUAUCAUGUGCAAUAUUGUACAAUUUUAAAAAGAUGCUAAUUACUAAACUCCCUAAUACAGUAUAAUUUAGUGUCUAUGACUAUUAUAUUCCUUUGUGUUUGAUAGGAAAUGAAAGUGUUGUGUUUUUGUACGGAAAGCAGGUUUUAUGUAGAAGUUUGCAAUUCAAAACAGAGAUUGUGAUUGUAUCAUGUAACAAGUCAUAAUAAAAUGAUAAUUUUGUUGAACAUGAUUAUUUUUGUUUUAACACUUUUUAUCAUUUUCGUAAUUAUAUAAAGAAUUAAAUAGUAAUAUUUCAAAAAUUUAUUUAAUAUCUAUAAUUGUUCACUCAUUUCUCCGUAAUAUAUUGUGAAUUGAAAUCGGAAUGUUAUUCACAAGUGUUAUGGAGUGUUAUGUUAUUAUUAAGUGUUAGUUGCAAUUUUGUAACAUUCUUGUCAUUGUUUUUAAGAUAUUAAGCACUGAAGUUGUUAUGGCAAAUUUGUUGUACUGUUUGAAAAAAUACGGAUUUUUAUGUUGUUUAUCAUAGCAAUCAAAGAUACAGUAAAUUCAAAUUUUCUUUUUCUGUGUUAAACAACUGUUGUGUAGUUUCAUAAAAUAUUACAUCAAAGUUCUUUUGACCAUGGAAUACAGUAAUUAAGUAAUUUAUUUAUAUUAUUUUCCAAAAACCCCUUUUGAAGUAUUUAAGAUAUAUAGAACUGAGACUUUGAUUUGGAGGAUAGUGAGAGUAUUUUUUGUACAACAGUGAAAUGAAACAUAUGAAACAAUGUUCCAUUGCUAAUUUUAAUUACUGUGUGUUUAGUGUUGAACAGUUUAAUUAAUUUUGUGAUAUUGAAUUGUGGACUCAGUAUAAUUGGUAAUAGUGGAAAGUAAAAUAACAUAUUUAAAGUUCUGGAUUUUUUUUAAAGAUAUCUUUUUUUAAAGGUGCUAUCUUUUGAUACCAUCCUAUAUUUUGUUACAUUUAAGAAUUUAUUACAGGUAUAACAUAAUUUUUCUACAAUUGAGUAAUUGCAUGCCUAAAUUAGUUUUUUAGCGUUCUUUUAAAGAAUAUUACGAAGAAUAUUUGUCCAAGAAAGUAUACAAUAGUUUUUACUGCUGUAGAAGGUAGUGGAUUGGUAAGAAACAUGUUUUGCUCAUCAUUAUUUUAGAGUUGUAAUGUAUAACUUGUGAUAUAUGUUAGAUUUAUUUUUUGUUUCAAGAUUUUGCAUUGUAUAGUUAUAAUAUAUGUCUACUUUAGUAUAUUUUGCAUUUGUUUUUUUUUUACUAUUAUUGUUUGUGUAUAGUUAUUAAAAUGUUUCAAAAGUCA